AAAUACGUCAGCGAAGGUCGUUGUGGGGGAAAAAACUGCUGUAUGAUGAUGAGUGCAACACUUUCAGUUGACCAACCGGUCACAGUACGGUAGAAGUCAACUUACCGAUCUGCUGUAUCCCGGAGGAUACCACUCCUUCAUUCCAUCUAAAGUAUCACAGCGGCUGGGACCGAAACUGAAAGGCUAUUCGUUUUAAAACGGUUAUUCCCGGGGUAAACGGGCACAUUAGUUACGAGAGAAGAGUCUAGAAUCAGCAGACCGUACCAGCUCUGGAUCUCCGGAUCACUCUGAACGCGUCGACAUGAGGAGUUUGCCGUAUUUCUGUCGGGGACAGGUCGUCCGCGGAUUCGGACGGGGAAGCAAAGACCUGGGCAUCCCAACAGCGAACUUCCCAGAGUCGGUUGUGGACAAUCUCCCCGCUGACAUUAGCACAGGAAUCUACUACGGAUGGGCACGCGUGGAUAACGGAGACAUUCACAAGAUGGUGAUGAGCAUCGGCUGGAACCCUUACUACAAAAACACAAAGAAGUCCAUGGAAACACACGUGAUCCACAAGUUCAAGGAAGAUUUCUACGGUCAAAUGUUGAGUGUGGCCAUGGUCGGCUACAUUCGUCCUGAGAGAGGAUUCGAAUCACUUGACGAGUUGAAAGCAGCGAUUCAUAGUGACAUUGAGGAAGCCAAGAUAAAGCUGGACCUGCCUGAGCACUUGAAACUGAAAGAGCAUCAUUUCUUCAAGACGUCGGUAUCAACAACAGCCAAUCAGAUCUUGAACGGUCAUCGACUGUAACAUUCACUUUCACCAUCGCCUCUAUUUAAAAGCUUGUUUAUUACAUAUGCAGUUCAUUGUUGUUGUUUUUUAUGUGCAAAAUAUUUCUGUCCCCAUGUGGUGCUUUGCUCAAGUGCAGGCACUAUGUGCAUUAAUGUUCAUAUGGUAUCAUCACAUAGCUCUUUUGUUUCUGUAUUUAUCGCAAAAAGGAGGAAAUCAGGUUGAUACUGGUGAAUGAUCACUGCACAGGGUAAACAUCACCGAGCCCUUCCCAAAUUUCCAUGAUUACCAGAUGAUACUAUGUAGAAGUCAGAGACUGUCAAAAUCUCUUCUUUCUAGUGAAAUUCCUCUUUAGAUGGAAAUUCUUCUGGCACCUUCACUUUAAUUUAAUUUUUGUUUAAGGAGGACUCUCUUUACUUGAAUAAAACACUUUAACAAUUGUCCAAAUUGGUGUUCCUCCUCUUUGAGAUAAAAUGAAUGCUUCUUAUGGUUCUCAGAGAACCGUGCCCUGCGGUGGAAGUCCAAGGUUGAGAUAAAGAGAGUUGAAGCCCAGAAACUGGGCAGACGGAGAACAAACAGUGACUGAAGACAAAAUUAAUUAACCUGAAUGGCCUUUUAAAUAUUUAAGUGUGUAUAGAAGAUCUGUAUAGCAAACACUUGCUAUUAUGUACAUAUGGUUUACUAAACCUUAACCUAAAACAACGUCUUUUUCUUUUUUAUUUUACUCUGGUUCUAUAUUUAGGAGUGUUUUACAUUUGAGAAGACACUCGAGAGUCAGGUUAGAUCGUAGGUUUACAAAUUCUUUACCUGUUUCUUCACGUUGUGUUCCUGUUGAAGUGCUUCUUGAAACACGUGCGCUGCUGGUUUAGUGUCAGCAGUCCUCGGUUCCGGUGCGGUCACGUUAUUUGCGGAAUUUUACCGGCAAAAAAUGGUGAUUUCUCAUCAGUAGUGUAGCGAUGUAUGAAGCUCACACAGAAAUCGGUUUCAAAACAAAUUUUCGCUAUUUUCUUUUGCUCAAAGUACGGAGCCCCGCACAUGACAUGCAAGAAAAAAAAAAAAAUUGUGCGCACGAUUUACUAAUUCGUUCCCUCAAUGUACUAAAUCGUGCGCACUAUUUAUAAAUCGAGUGAACGAAAUAGUAAAUCGAGGGAACGCAAUCGUAAUUGUGUGCACGGUUUAGUACAUUGAGGGAACGAAAUAGUAAAUCGUCCACACGAUUUAGCCUACUAUUUUUUCCUGCAUAUCAUGUGGGGGGCUCCGUAUCAAAGCGUUGAAUCCUGUUGGAAAAUAUGUGUGCGGGAAAUGGUUGGCCCUCACGCGAAACUCCCGAUCACGUGGACUCGCUGAAGAACGGUAAAUGUGACCGCACCUUAAAGUAGUAACUUAAGCAAUAGACAAGCGAUUCUCUAUAAAACAUGUUUGUUAAUGCUGUUAUCUUCAUCUAGACUGGCUCUUUAUAUGUUGAACCGCUGCUUUUGUAUAUGUUUGGUACUGUGUGCAUAUGCUUUCCCCCCUUCUUUUUCUGAUUUGUUUUCUUUAUAGAUCAGGGCAUUGCCAUAAAUAAGUUAAAUCUAACAUAUUACUAUACAGUGCACAACCAAGCGUUCCUUGAGUGUUGACACCUGCUUGUAAGCAUUAAACAAAUGCCUUAA